GGUCCUGCCCUUCCCCGGUCGCAGGGGCAAAACCGUCCAGCUCAGAAAACACCCCAUCAGCGCCGUGGCCCUCUCGUCUUCUUCCCCCGCCCCCCCUCCCACGCGCUCCUCAGAUCAGAUCGGCGAGGCCAAAUCCCAAGCGGAGGAGCGAAAUCUCGAGCGCUCGUGCCGGCGACUCCGACUGCGGCACGAGAGCUUCCCAGGGUUCCGUUUAUCUUCGCAGCAUCAGCGGCAGCGGCAGAAGGAAGGAAGAUGGUUGCGUUCAGCGGCGAUGAGACCGCCCCCUUCUUCGGCUUCCUCGGCGCCGCCGCGGCGCUCGUCUUCUCAUGCAUGGGGGCGGCGUACGGGACGGCCAAGAGUGGCGUCGGAGUGGCGUCCAUGGGUGUCAUGCGCCCGGAGCUCGUCAUGAAGUCCAUCGUGCCCGUGGUCAUGGCUGGUGUGCUCGGUAUCUACGGGCUCAUCAUUGCUGUCAUCAUCAGUACUGGGAUCAACCCCAAGGCCAAGCCGUACUACCUCUUUGAUGGAUAUGCUCACCUGUCAUCUGGCCUUGCCUGUGGUCUUGCUGGGCUUGCCGCUGGCAUGGCCAUUGGCAUUGUCGGUGAUGCUGGUGUCAGGGCAAACGCUCAGCAACCGAAGCUGUUCGUGGGCAUGAUCCUCAUCCUCAUCUUUGCCGAGGCGCUCGCGCUCUACGGUCUCAUCGUCGGCAUCAUCCUUUCAUCCCGCGCUGGCCAGUCGCGUGCAGACUAGGCGCCAUCCAGGUCUCAGAUACCAUGCCUGCCAUGGCUGGGCCUUGUUUUAUAUUCAUGAGACAAGAAGCUGGAGCUCUUUUAGCGGGAUAUUCUUAUUAUUCUGUCUAGUUUUCGAUCUUCUGUUUGGGUCCGAGAAAAAAAAACAUGCGCAGCCAAGGGAGGACUUUGCCCUUGUGGUGCCGAUGCCAUUCUUUCUCCGUCGUGGUGGGUUGUGGUCGAUGCUUAUUUAUGCACAGUUUUUGUUGGGGGAUAUGGCUGGACGGCGUUGUAAUUUGGUGAAUAAGAAUAAGCAAGGACAUGCAAUGCAACGAGUGUUGAGGACAACUUACUGUUCA